UGAGCAUGAAGCGCAACACGCAGCCGCUUUGGGAAAAGCCCUGACCGUCCAAACUAACUGUCAAACAGACUUAGACCCGACAGAGAGGUGACGCUAGACACCGACAAGUCUAUUCUUGUGUAAUAUAUUGUAGUGUAGUAGUUCAGCAGCGAUGUAACUUUACUGCUGUGGAAAGACAAUUAUGCAAGGGAACAAAACAGAUUCAUUGUAUCAGCGGUAUCCCAAGGACACAAUGUCUUCAGCUUUCUCUCGUACGGGGUUUGUGGUCAUUUGUUUGACUAUAGUUGUAAAUCUUGCCCUGUACCCUGUGCUGAGGACGCUGGGCAUUCAGAUCCAUUCUGCUAUCACAGGAAGCUAUGUGCCGGGAUAUCAUUCUGUUUUGCUCAUCAACUGUCCUACCGAACAGACCGCAAGAGACAUUGGCAGGGGCAUCAUGGAGAAAAGACUGGCAGCAUGUGUGAAUAUAUUUCCCCGCACUGCCACUAUGUACUACUGGAAAGGAGAGAUUCGGGAUGCAUCAGAAAUACUGCUGCUCGUGAGGACAAGAACAUCUCUCAUACAGAGACUUGAGGCUUAUUUAAGAGACGUGCAUCCAUACGACAUUCCAGAGAUCAUCAGUUUUCCCAUUGGUGAUGGAAGCUUGCACUACUUGAAGUGGAUGGAAAAUGCACUUACUGAUAUUUGACACAUGUCUGUAUUAAAAUAGAGAAACAGCCCUUUUGAAAACUCAGAGAGCAGAAUGAGAUAUGAGAUACAUGAGAUAUGUGGACACUGGAUAUGGGAUAUGAGCAAAAAAUUUGUUUGGAACGUGGUUUGUUUGAUAUGGUUUUUACCAGUAGCUCAGAAAUUAAAAAAAUUGA